UGCUUGUGCAUAACAUCUUUGUGUCGCACUUUUGACAAUAGUCUGAUGUUGGUAUCAGAAGUUGUUUAAGGAAUGGUGGGGUGUGUGAUGCAGUAUGUGUUUUGGGGCCAUACAUAGCCAUCACCGACAAUUUGACAUCUGACAGAGUGAUUGUGAUAUUAUUUACAUAUCUAAUGGCAGGGAAUACAUUCCAAGGACGACACACUCGCCAGCCAAGCAAAAACACGCUUCUGAAAGUAGUUAUACUUGGUGAUGGAGGAGUUGGAAAGUCGUGUCUUAUGAAUAGAUUUGUUAGCAAUCAUUUUGAUGAACAUUCUUUCCAUACAAUUGGAGUAGAAUUUCUUAAUAAGGAUAUAGAAAUAAAUGGAGAAAUGUACACAUUACAGAUAUGGGAUACUGCUGGUCAGGAGAGAUUUAAAAGCCUCCGUACCCCAUUUUAUCGUGGCUCUGACAUUUGUCUUCUGACCUAUGCAGUCGAUGAUCGAGCCAGCUUCCAAAACUUGGCAAUGUGGCGUAAUGAGUUUUUAUAUUAUGCUGACGUGAAAGAAGGUACAGCAUUUCCAUUUUUGGUCGUUGGGAACAAAGUGGAUAUGGGUAAUGAGCAACGUGAAGUUACUACAGAAGAAGCACGUGCUUGGUGUUUGGAAAACGGUAAUCUACCACAUGUAGAAACUAGUGCUAAAGAUGCAACAAAUGUACAAGAAGCAUUUUCAUUAGCUGUUGAGAGUUGGGCACAGCUAGAAGCCAAACUGGAUCGUCCGUAUAUUGGGGAAACAGUGGAUCUUAGAAGGCAACAACCAGAACAGAGGUCAUCUUGCUGUUUGUACGUUGCAGGAAACAAUGAGUAGCUGUAAAUGGCCUGCAGCUACAACAGUUCCCUACCUAGUCAGUACAUUGCACUUAGCAUUUAUUUAAAUGGUUAUAGCUUUGUUUUUCUGUUGUUCACCAAAGUGUUUAUUUGCAUCAGUAUUAAGCAUUGUUGACAGUGUUCAUUGAAGAACAGUCCAUGUAUCAUGAUUAUAUUAUUUAUAUUGUAUCUGUUCCGAAGUUUUGUUUGAAGGCAAUGAUAAGUUUGCUUGGUGAUUGAAAAUGACAAAUAUCAAAUGAAAAUAUUGUUUUAUAGUGUAAAUGUAAUUUGAAAACUAUUUUAGAAAAAAUAUAUAAUAUGAUGCUAUCCUGGGCAAUUGAAAGGAACUGGUAAGGUGUGAUUUGUGAACAUAUAUUUGGAAAUGUAAAAUUUCUAAAUGUAGGGUCAUGCCCAUUUUACAUGUGGUAAUGGUAACAUGAAAAAACAAAAAUCCAAUGGCAGCUUGUCUCCUGUAGUGACUCAUUUAAGUAUGAAAGGAAAUAGGAAUGAGAGAGAUACUUAAGCAAUUAAUGUUAAAUAUUAUACCAAUGAAAUUCACCAAACUCAUAUCUACAGUAAAUGCUUGAAGCGAAAUUUUAAAAUUAGAGUAAUUUAAAAUAAUGUUUUUGUGCAUAUUUAAAUGGAUGUUGGACCAAGAACUGGUUGGCUUUAUUUUUUACUACAUGAUAAUGCUGUUGCAUUUUUUUCAAAUGCUGCUUAUUUUGAAAUGUGAGACUUAACUGAUGUGAAAGUGCAUGCAACAGUACUGUAAAAUAAUGUUGAUGUUUAAAAAGGCUGAAAUGUUCCAAUAUCUAACUAAUUUUUUAAGGCAAAGACAUAUUUUAUCACUGCAGUGUAUCAUUUAAAUGGCUUUUGAUAAAGUAUUGUAGAUGUAAGUGUUUACUGAACUUGCAUAUUUCUCUUAUAUAUGUACAUUAAUCUUUGUAAAAUGGUAGUUACUUAUCGAAUACAAUAUUACGCUUUAUAGACAUUUAUUGAACUGCCACAGUACAAUAUUCAUUUCUCACUAUUAGCAAGUAAAAAAUAACUCCUUAAAAUUACCAUUAAAUAUAUGAGAAUUUGCAGUUGUAGUUUUUGUGAGUAAGAACAUCAUAUUCAUGCUGCAAAGAUAAGUCGUACAGUAUUAGUUCCUUAUAAUGGCAGUGAUGUUAUUAAGUUGCAUAUAUAGGAGUACAAGUGAUUUACUUUCUACUCUUAAUUGUGGUUUGACAAUUUCAUCAGUCCAGUUAUUUUAGUUUUGUGUCAUGUACUAUACAAACUUCCACUAUUUUCUGAAAUGUGCAUUUGAAUUCUACUACUAUCACAUUACACAAAUAUUGAAAAUAACAAGCCAUUUACUGUGUCAGCGUACUGAUAUUAGAUUUUUUAAAGCAAUAAACUACUUCUCUAUUUUA